AUAUAAUACAGCUUUGACCUUAUUGGCUGAGCCGCCUAUGCGGCAGUAGAACGGACCAAUCACAAUGCGGGAUGCCAAGCGUCGCUCCCCCGUAUCACCGGUACUAUAAAAGCAAUUUUAACGGAAUUUUUCGUAUUACUAUUCGUUUGGCAAGCCUCUUAACCGGUCGCGCUGAACGACGACUGACAUAAUUUAUUAACUUAUUUUGUACGUUAAGUCAACAAAACUCAACACAAAAUGCGUGAGUGCAUCUCAGUACACGUUGGCCAAGCCGGAGUCCAGAUCGGCAAUGCCUGCUGGGAGCUGUACUGCCUUGAGCAUGGCAUCCAACCCGACGGCCAGAUGCCCACAGACAAGACCAUCGGAGGCGGAGAUGAUUCUUUCAACACCUUCUUCAGCGAGACUGGGGCGGGCAAGCAUGUUCCCCGUGCUGUGUUCGUCGACUUGGAACCCACAGUAGUUGAUGAGGUACGCACAGGCACAUACAGACAGUUGUUUCAUCCAGAACAACUUAUCACUGGUAAAGAGGACGCGGCCAACAACUAUGCCCGUGGCCACUACACCAUCGGCAAGGAGAUCGUAGAUUUGGUCCUGGACCGCAUCCGCAAGCUGGCCGACCAGUGCACAGGCCUCCAGGGCUUCCUCAUCUUCCACUCGUUCGGAGGUGGCACCGGCUCCGGUUUCACCUCCCUCCUCAUGGAGCGUCUCUCCGUGGACUACGGCAAGAAGUCCAAGCUGGAGUUCGCUAUCUACCCCGCCCCCCAAGUGUCCACCGCUGUCGUCGAGCCGUACAACUCUAUCCUCACCACCCACACCACACUGGAGCACUCCGACUGCGCGUUCAUGGUAGACAACGAGGCUAUCUACGACAUCUGCCGCCGCAACUUGGACAUCGAGCGUCCCACAUACACCAACUUGAACAGGCUGAUCGGUCAAAUCGUAUCCUCCAUCACCGCCUCCCUGCGUUUCGACGGCGCCCUCAACGUCGAUCUCACCGAGUUCCAGACCAACUUGGUGCCGUACCCGCGUAUCCACUUCCCGCUGGUGACUUACGCUCCCGUAAUCUCCGCGGAGAAGGCGUACCACGAGCAGUUGUCGGUCGCCGAGAUCACCAACGCGUGCUUCGAGCCCGCCAACCAGAUGGUGAAAUGCGACCCGCGCCACGGAAAGUACAUGGCGUGCUGCAUGCUGUACCGCGGAGACGUCGUCCCCAAGGACGUGAACGCGGCCAUCGCGACCAUCAAGACCAAGCGCACCAUCCAGUUCGUGGACUGGUGCCCGACCGGUUUCAAGGUGGGCAUCAACUACCAGCCGCCCACCGUCGUCCCCGGUGGCGAUUUGGCUAAGGUGCAGCGCGCUGUAUGCAUGUUGUCCAACACCACGGCCAUCGCGGAGGCGUGGGCCCGUCUGGACCAUAAGUUCGACCUCAUGUACGCCAAGCGUGCGUUCGUGCACUGGUACGUCGGUGAGGGUAUGGAGGAGGGAGAGUUCUCCGAGGCGCGCGAGGAUCUGGCCGCCCUCGAGAAGGACUACGAAGAGGUCGGCAUGGACUCCGCCGAGGGUGAAGGCGAAGGCGCCGAAGAGUACUAGAGCCGAUGAUUAUUUAUUUAUUUCCGGCACACUCACACCGAUACAUUCCCGCGGUGAACUGAAAUAAAAACAAAAAUUAUGUCCUAUGUUGUCGUUUGAUUUUAAUAAUUGCGCAUCGUCCUUACUCUGUACUUUUUUAUUUAUAAUAAUAUUUAAAAGACUGCUAUCCUUUUGACUAUAAUAUACUUUUCAACUCUCCUAAGAUUCCUUGUCUUGUAAUUCUGUACACUAUAUACAAUACUAAAUUAGUAUUCUAGGUUCACACUAAGUUCGGAUUUAUUUCUUGCAGCAAAUUUAAAAUUUACCUUCUCAUAUAAAUCGCUUGAUUGUCGUUUACGUUAUGGAAUCUAAAAUACUGCUAAUAGUAAUCACUAUUUAUUGAUGAUCAUAAUUUGUUUUUAGUAGGUAGGUACUAUAAUUUUUCGAAACAUUACUGUUGCCAAACAAAUUUACGUCAAAAAACACCUAUUAGCCCUCAAGUAAGCACUUUAAGGCCGGGACACCACCAAAGCGGAGAGAUCUUUUUUAAACCAAUAGAAUUGUGUUAUUGACAUAUCUCUCCGCUCAGCUUCAGUGGAGAUAGAGUGAGCGGUAUCACCCUCCCCCCUCUUGCCCGCCAGCAACCCGCAGAGCCCCGCUGAGCACUCAACGCCUCACACCCGAUCUGAAAAGUCUUUUCUUGCAUAGCACACCGCACACAUCUCCGCUUUGGUGGAGUCCCCCGAGCUGAAAUACAUCUCUUCUCGCACAGCACACCGCACACAUCUCUGCUUUGGUGGAGUCCCGGCCUAAGGCUUGUGUUAUGAUGGGAUACCAAGGUACCUUUUACUGUUUAUACGGUGCAGAUGGAAGGAGAAACAGACCGAAGAGAUCGAAUUGAAGACACAAAAUAAUGAUACAAAUUCAUUUAUUACAAUCAUUAACGAUACAACGCAAAUACUGUAAUAUAUUACACAACAAAUCAAUGUUCCCAUAUUAUACUUCAAUGUCUUAUUUUUUCAUAAAUCAUCAAUAACCAACAACUAUAUUGUUAACAAACCUACAAAAUCGCGCUUAGCAAUAUUUAAUUAUAAUUCACACAGUAUAAUUAUAACUAUACUUAAAGGAUAUUCGUCGUGAAAUUAUAUUAUGAAACAGAUGUUUGAUUAGAUUGAAAUUGAAAGUUAUCAUGUCAACCAACUGCCAUUCAUACAUAACACAACAUAAUUAUAAGGGAGCAUGCAUUAAUCACGUGAGGCUCGAAAUGGGGGGGAGCGGUUCAGGCUAAUCACGAAAUAUUACCCGGAAAAUGGGGGGGGA